AUGGCUGUAAACGGCCAGAGAUCAGGGAAGUCCAUGCUGCUGUCUGCUAUUGGGAAGCGUGAAGUGCCCAUCCCUGAGCACAUCGACAUCUACCAUCUGACUCGGGAGAUGCCCCCUAGUGACAAGACACCCCUGCAGUGCGUGAUGGAAGUCGACACAGAGCGGGCCAUGCUGGAGAGGGAGGCUGAACGGCUGGCUCACGAGGAUGCGGAGUGUGAGAAGCUCUUAGAGCUCUAUGAGCGACUGGAGGAGCUGGAUGCUGACAAGGCGGAGAUGAGAGCCUCACGGAUCUUGCACGGACUGGGUUUCACACCUGCCAUGCAACGCAAGAAGCUGAAAGACUUCAGUGGGGGCUGGAGGAUGAGGGUUGCCCUCGCCAGAGCCCUCUUCAUUCGGCCCUUCAUGCUACUCCUGGAUGAGCCCACCAACCACCUGGACCUCGACGCUUGUGUGUGGUUGGAAGAAGAGCUAAAGACUUUUAAGCGCAUCUUGGUCCUCGUCUCCCAUUCCCAGGACUUUCUGAAUGGUGUCUGUACCAACAUCAUUCACAUGCACAACAAGAAACUGAAGUAUUAUACGGGUAAUUAUGAUCAGUAUGUGAAGACACGGCUGGAGCUGGAAGAGAAUCAGAUGAAGAGGUUUCACUGGGAACAGGAUCAGAUUGCACACAUGAAGAACUACAUCGCUAGGUUUGGUCACGGCAGUGCCAAGCUGGCCCGGCAGGCCCAGAGCAAGGAGAAGACGCUACAGAAAAUGAUGGCAUCAGGGCUGACAGAGAGGGUUGUGAGUGACAAGACACUGUCAUUUUAUUUCCCACCAUGUGGCAAGAUCCCUCCACCCGUUAUCAUGGUGCAAAAUGUCAGCUUCAAGUAUACAAAAGAUGGGCCUUGCAUCUACAACAAUCUAGAAUUUGGUAUCGAUCUCGACACACGAGUGGCUCUGGUGGGGCCCAAUGGAGCAGGGAAGUCAACUCUUCUGAAGCUGCUAACUGGAGAGCUACUACCCACAGACGGAAUGAUCCGAAAACACUCUCAUGUCAAGAUAGGGCGUUACCAUCAGCAUUUACAAGAGCAGCUGGACUUAGACCUCUCACCUUUGGAGUACAUGAUGAAAUGCUACCCAGAGAUCAAGGAGAAGGAAGAAAUGAGGAAGAUCAUUGGGCGGUAUGGUCUCACUGGGAAACAGCAGGUGAGCCCGAUCCGGAACCUGUCCGAUGGGCAGAAGUGCCGAGUGUGUCUGGCCUGGCUGGCCUGGCAGAACCCUCACAUGCUCUUCUUGGACGAGCCCACCAACCACCUGGAUAUCGAGACCAUCGACGCCCUGGCAGACGCCAUCAAUGACUUUGAGGGUGGUAUGAUGCUGGUCAGCCAUGAUUUCAGACUCAUUCAGCAGGUUGCACAAGAAAUCUGGGUCUGUGAGAAGCAGACAAUCACCAAGUGGCCUGGAGACAUCCUGGCCUACAAGGAGCACCUCAAGUCCAAACUAGUGGGAGAGGAGCCCCAGCUCACCAGGAGGACCCACAACGUGUGAGCCCUUGCCGGCCGGCCGGCUGGGCCAGGCCCCUGGGGCCGCACUCCUGCAUUGCUGCAAUACUGCUCCCCAGCCCCUCCCCCCACCUGCCUUAGCUGCACUCUGUGAUCUUAUCUACAGCUGGACAGUACCUGUCCGUCUCCUGUCCUUCCAGUUACUUUUGUCCAUGUCUGGACUCGGCUGGCUGUUCCUGCCAGCUCCUUGCUGGUUCUGACCCUGACAGUGAUGCAGCCAGAGGCAUCUGAGGGUUAACCCAAGGGCCCGUGCCCUGGGUUGGCCUGUGAAGGAGCUUAGGAUUCUCGUUUUCUGGGUUUUGGGGAUGUUGGAGGAAUACCUCCCAGCCCACCACCCCCAUUCCUUUCUGCUUCUGGUUUGGAGCUCUGGACCAGGUCCUUAAUCCUGGUCGGUUUUUAAAUAAUUAUUUAAUGGUGUAACUUUUAGACCUGUGUGACAUCUACAAAGCGUCCAAUAAAGAGAGAAGCAGCCAUG